GAGAAGUGAGCAAGUGGUAAACAACUGCUUAUGAGCAGUAGCACUCUCUCGCUCUCCUCUCAUCUUCUCUCUCUAAAUGCAACAACUCGCCACCACCACCACCACCACCACCAACACCGACGCAUCCGCCACCGCAUAGUAACUCUACCGCUAAAGACCAAAGCUACAAUGGGUAAAGAACCAAUAACUACCACCGCCACCGCCAGCUCCCCCGCCGGGGCUGCGGCCGAGUCCGAGUCUGCAGCUGCUCAUGCAGAAUUUAAGCUGGUGGGCUUCAAGAAUUUCAUUCGGACCAACCCCAAGUCCGACCACUUCCCUGUGCAUCGCUUCCACCACGUGGAGUUCUGGUGCGGCGACGCCAUUAACACCGCCAAGCGCUUCUCCUGGGGCCUCGGAAUGCCGCUGGUAGCCAAAUCCGACCUCUCCACCGGAAACUCCGCCCACGCCUCCUAUCUCCUCCGCUCAGGCCAACUCAACUUCGUCUUCACCGCGCCGUACUCCCCUUCCAUCUCAAUCUCCUCCUCAGCCGCCAUCCCCAGUUUCUCCUUCCCCGUCCACCGCUCUUUCACUUCUUCGCACGGCCUCGCGGUUCGUGCCGUAGCUAUUCAGGUCGAAUCGGCCUUUUCAGCUUACUCUGCCUCCGUUUCCCGGGGGGCCAAACCCAUAUCGCCGCCGAUUCUUUUGUCCGAUAACAAGACUGCCAUUGCUGAAGUGCAUUUAUAUGGAGAUUCCGUAUUGCGUUUUGUGAGCUGUGGCGAUGAUGGGACAGGAUUUUUGCCGGGUUUUGAGCCUGUGGAUAAUGAAAUGUCUUAUCAAGAGUUGGAUUAUGGGAUUAGGAGGCUUGAUCAUGCCGUAGGAAAUGUGCCUGAGCUUGGGCCGGUAGUCAAUUACUUGAAGGAGUUCACCGGGUUUCAUGAAUUUGCUGAAUUUACUGCGGAGGAUGUGGGGACGGCAGAGAGUGGGCUGAAUUCGGUGGUUUUGGCAAAUAACAACGAGAAUGUGUUGUUUCCUUUGAACGAACCGGUUUAUGGGACGAAGAGGAAGAGCCAAAUACAGACUUAUUUGGAGCACAAUGAAGGGUCGGGAGUGCAGCAUUUGGCAUUGGUGAGUGAGGAUAUCUUUAGGACAUUGAGGGAAAUGAGGAAGAGGAGUGGGAUCGGUGGCUUCGAGUUUAUGCCUUCGCCGCCUCCUACUUAUUACAAGAAUUUAAAGAGUAGGGCUGGAGAUGUGCUUACUGAUGAGCAAAUUCAGGAGUGUGAGAAGUUGGGGAUCUUGGUGGACAGAGAUGAUCAGGGGACUUUGCUCCAGAUUUUCACCAAGCCUGUGGGGGACAGGCCAACUAUAUUUAUUGAGAUAAUUCAGAGAAUAGGGUGCAUGCUCAAAGAUGAAGAAGGAACCCUUUACCAGAAGGGUGGCUGUGGAGGAUUCGGGAAAGGAAACUUCUCAGAACUCUUUAAAUCCAUAGAAGAAUAUGAGAAAAUGCUUGAAGCAAAACAUGUCACUGAAACAGCAGCCACUUGAGCCUGCAGAACUCUCUUAUCUUUUCUUUCAUCCCGACCACGGAGUAAUUCUUAGGAACCCUAUGUAUAUAUAUUAACAGUCAUUGCAACGUCGGUCGGCUAUGCUAUAUGUAAACUCUAUAAUCAUCUAUGGACUUCUUUUCGCAAAAAUACUUCCUUAGAAGUAUACUGUACCACUGUAUUUAUAACAGCAGUGAGUUCGAACUUCUAUAUCAUGUAGUUGUUCUAUAAUGGGAUCUGAUUCUAGUAAUCUCAGCUAAGCUUUGAUUAUUUCCAGCA